AUGGAGAAGUUCGGUGCCCACCGGGCCUGGACCCGAGGCAGGGAGACUGCUUCAGUGCUUGCCCUCUUUCUCGUAGGUUCCAGUCAGCCUUCUGAGGACAGCAAAACUCCCUGGAACAUGAGUGACCCGUCAGAUGCUGCCCCCACACCUUGUGACCAGACAAGCGACGCGGGCCUCGGAGACAGGGAGAUCUCCGUUCAUCUGCUGGAGAUGAUGCUGAACUUGCAGCAGAUCGUGGGGGAUCACUUCACGCGGUUGACAACCAGGCGACGGCAGGGCCUGUCAUUGGAAGAAGAAAAGCACAUUCAAGUUAUCUGCGAGCAGGAGGACGUCAUAAACCACACCAUGUGCCAGAUAAUCAGCCUCCUGUGGUCUGAGGCCACCGUUGACCAGAAGCUUGAGGAGCCUCUCCUUUCCCGGAACUCUAGACGUGAUGGGCAGAGGGCCAGGGAAGCCCAGGAGGCCUCUAGGCAACCUGACCGGCCAGCUCGACAAAGCGAUUUUGAAGCUUCGUUUGUCACUCACGUGCUGUCCAACCGUGGGGUUGACAUCUCUGUGUUUUACCAGUCACACUUCCAGGACUAUAAUGCCUACCAACGAGACAAAUACCACGAGGAGAAGAACCCUUUGGGCUUUCUUAACCUUGGUAUCAGUGAGAACAAGCUCUGCACCGACCUGAUGACCCAAAGGCUGUGUCGGAAUGACAUGAACUGCAUUGAGAAGGACCUGCUGCAAUACCCCGACUGGAGAGGCCAGCCGUUCCUGCGGGAAGAAGUGGCUUGGUUCCUGACCUAUUACUGCAAGGCGCCCACUCGCCUCGAUCCAGAAAAUGUGGUGGUUUUAAACGGCUGCUGUUCCAUCUUCUCUGCCCUGGCCAUGGUUCUCUGCGAUCCAGGUGAGGCCUUUCUGGUCCCCGCUCCCUUCUACGGUGGCUUCGCCUUCAGCUCCCGCCUGUACGCGAAAGUUGAGCUGAUUCCCGUCCACCUGGAAAGUGAGAUAACUGAUGACAACACCCAGCCUUUCCAGCUCACUGUGGACAAGUUGGAGAAAGCCCUGCUUGAAGCUAGGCAGAAGGAAAAAAAGGUCAGAGGCCUUGUGCUCACCAACCCUCAGAAUCCUCUGGGUGACGUCUACUCCCGAGACUCGCUGAUGGAAUAUCUGGAAUUUGCCACAAGGCAUAAUCUACACGUGAUCAUAGAUGAGAUUUACAUGCUGUCUGUGUUUGACGAAUCCAUCACGUUCCACAGUGUUCUGAGCAUAGAAAGUUUGCCUGACCCCAAAAGGACUCAUGUGAUCUGGGGAACCAGCAAGGACUUUGGCAUCUCUGGUUUCCGCUUUGGUGCUCUGUACACCCACAACAGAGAGGUGGCCUCUGCUGUGAGUGCCUUUGGCUACCUCCACAGUAUCUCUGGCGUCACCCAGUACAAGUUGUGUCGACUGCUCCAGGACAGAGAGUGGAUUGACAAAGUGUACCUGCCUGCCAAUCACUCCCGGCUCCGGGCAGCUCACAAGUACAUCACCAAGAAGCUGAGGGCCUUGAAGAUUCCCUUUCUCGAACGCGGCUCCGGCCUCUAUGUCUGGGUCGACUUGCGGUCGUACCUGGCACCGUGCACAUUUGAGGAAGAGCUGAUCCUCCAUCGGCGCUUCCUGGACAACAAGCUGAUGCUGUCCUGCGGCAAAUCCUACAUGUGCAAGGAGCCCGGCUGGUUCCGUGUCAUCUUUGCAGAAAACCCCCUUCGACUAAAACUGGCCAUGCGUCGGUUCAGUCACGUGCUUAAGGAACAGAAGUACGACUGGAUGGUGAAGCAGCUGGAGGACGCGUUGCAGGAGUAG